AUGGAUUUCUCUUCUUCCUUUAAGAAUCUUAAAUCUCAUGGUUCAUACAAACACUCAAGAAGGAUCUCAGCCGGUGGUGUCGUCGACGAUACACAUCGCGAACAACAACCAAUUCUCUCCGAUCACCACCGGGACAGCACAACUGACGAUCAUAAUCAGAUAAUAAUGAGAAGCACAAACUCUAACGAUCUCAACGACGACCGCCGGGAAGUUAUCGUGAAAAUAGACGGUGACGAUUACAUUAGCAGUAAUAACGUCAUGGAGGCUGAUCAUAAUAAGAUUUGGCACGAAACCACCUACGAUUUCUGGAAAGAUGAUGAGAGAAGUGGCAACAAUGGAAAUGGACGGGGACAGGGAUUUGAGUUUCAGCAAAAACGUAGUGACGUUGUGGACGACCCGCCGUCGAAGCUGAUUGGUCAGUUUUUGAAUAAACAGAUGGCGUCUGGGGGUGAGAUGUCGUUGGACAUGGAUUUGGAGAUGGACGAGCUACGUCAUGGUCAUCAAAACAACCACCACAAUUUUCCGCCUAUUUCCGAAACGGAAAAUAGCAACCAUAUUAAUGGUAAAGCUUCGAUUUCAAAAGAUUUAAGAGUUUCUUUCCAAGACCCCAAACUAAACGUGGUUGAUAUUGCGUCUGAACCUGUUGAAAAGAGGUAUAAAGACAAAGGUUCAUCCGAGGACGAUAAGGAUGAACACGUACAACAACAUCAUAACAGGAGGCGAUCGUCAAUUGUGCCCGCGGUUAAUGAUAAUAAUGGCAAUGGCGGUGGCGGUGGCGGUGAGGUGUUGAGGUGUACGUCGUUCCAGAAGAGAGCAAGUAUGAUGAGGAUGAAGACGAAAUCGAGGUUGAUAGACCCACCACAGCCGGAGAUGAGAUCACAGAGAGUUGGGAAGUCGGGUCCAAUGAGGUCUGGGAUGUUAGGUAGGGCUUCUGGGAUGUUGGGAAAGCUAGGUGACGAUGAAGAGGAUGACUCGUUAUUCGAUGAAGAUCUUCCUGAUGAGUUUAAGAAGGCAAAACUUAAUGCAUUGACUCUGGCUCAAUGGGUUAGUCUUGUUUUGAUUGUAACAGCUUUGAUUUGUACUCUUUCAAUUUCUAAGUGGAAGGAAAAAAAGCUACGGGGACUUGAACUCUGGAAAUGGGAUGUUUUGGUUCUUGUCCUGAUAUGUGGAAGAUUGGUGUCCGAAAAAGCAGUUCAGAACUGCAUUUGGUUGGGUUUGGUUUUGACUGCUUGGCAUUCUAUGUUUGAUAAGAAGGUUGAGGGUAGUAAUAAGUUCCUUUGGUUUGUGAAUAGACUUAUGGUUUGUAUGCUGGUGGCUACAUUGUUAUGGCUAGUGAAGACCCUCAUAAUUAAAGUCCUUGCAUCUUCCUUCCAUGUGAGCACUUUUUUUGAUCGAAUCCAGGAUUCAUUGUUCAAUCAAUACGUGAUUGAAACGUUAUCUGGUCCACCAUUGAUUGAAAUACACAACAAUGAGAAAGAAGAAGAGAGGACAAUGGCUGAGGUAUGGAAGCUUCAAAAUGCAGGGGCUACCGUGCCCCCUGACCUCAGGGCAUAUGCUUUCCCACCAACUAAGAGUGGGAGGGUGAUAGGGGGUGGAGGACCUCUGAGAGCACCAGUUGGAGGAGUGAGCCUUAAAGUUUCCGGCCCAAUUUCCAAAAAUCAGAAUGAGGGGAUUACAAUUGAUCACUUGCAUAGGAUGAAUCCUAAGAACAUCUCUGCCUGGAAUAUGAAGAGGCUGGUGAAAAUAGUUCGACAUGGUGUCAUAUCUACCCUGGAUGAGCAGAUACUAGAUACAACACAAGAAGAUGAGUCUACAACACAGAUUAGAAGUGAAUUUGAGGCAAAAGUGGCGGCUAGGAAGAUAUUCCAAAAUGUGGCAAGGCCUAGGUCCAAGUUCAUCUAUAUGCAAGAUUUGAUGCGUUUCUUGCGAGAAGAUGAGGCUUUGAAGACCAUGAGUGUCAUGGACGGAUCAUCUGAAAGCGAAAGAAUCAGCAAAUCAACCUUGAAGAAUUGGGUGGUCAAUGCUUUUAGAGAACGAAGAGCGCUUGCCUUGACACUUAAUGAUACAAAAACAGCAGUCAACAAACUUCAUCAUAUGGUGAAUGUACUGGUUGGCAUCACUAUUGUGGUUAUCUGCCUUGUAAUACUAGAAAUUGCAACAAGCAAAUUUCUACUCUUUGUAAGCUCUCAGAUCGUCGUGGUGGCAUUUAUAUUUGGCAACACAUGCAAGACAAUAUUUGAAGCUCUCAUAUUCUUGUUUGUGAUGCACCCAUACGAUGUGGGUGAUCGGUGUGAAAUUGACGGAGUUCAG